AUGCCUCGAUGGCGUCGGCUACUUCGAGUCAACGUCCACGGCUUCUCCCCAAGAUCGUUUAGCAGCGCGGCAUCAGAGAGGGUAGAGGUAAGAUGCGGUUCUGCAGGCCACGUCACCAUCGACCUAUUCAACGUCCCUGGACGUCCUACAUCUGAGCCCCUAUUGAUACACUUGCCUCCUUUCCCCCAAGCUGAUGGCUCAGCAUGCAAACUGCCAAUAUUCCUCCAAAACCGACCAGUCGCCAGCAUAAAUUACCGAUGGAGACCCUUCUCGACCCCCUCAAAGGAAAGCAAAGUCUUCAGCCCGUUGCAUUGGCCGACACCGGUCCACGACACCGCGUUCGCCUUUGCAUGGCUAGUCGAAAGCUUGGCGCCGCCCAAGCACGACAGGCGCGACAUUUACAUUUACGGAUCAUACCUUGGCGCCAGCUUAGCCGCGUCUCUGGCUCUCACGGAAGCUCAUACGCACGCAAGGUUCGGCGUCAGAGGCCUCAUCGCUUACAAUGGCGUAUACAAUUGGACAAUGUUUCUCCCAGAUCACCGAAUCAACAAACCACCCAAAAGGACCAAGGUUGCAGCAGCUCCCCCAGGACCUGCAGAGGGGUCGCAGUUACAUAGGCUGCAAGAGCGCAUGCCGGCCAUGUUUGAUGCGCCGUCAAAUCUGUUUGAUCCGUUUGCGAGCCCAAGCCUGUUCUUCCACAGUCCAGGCUUACUUGUGCCGCAAUCAUUCUUCAUGACAUUGGAGCAUUCGGCCCUCAUUGAAAACAUGAUGAACGACGAGGAAAUCCCACCGCUUAAGCCCAUCAAAGCACCAAGAAAAUCCCACCUAGUCUUUCCGCCAAGACAAUCGACGCUCAAAAUCCCCGACACUCUUCUACUAUUUGACUCUGCUCCACUGCCUGUCCCAAAGCCAUCUACCAAGCCAAAGAGCGCACGACCAAGGAAACGUGCAAAGCCAAAAGGCCAUAGUUUCGGGGCCCAGGCAGCAGAGCUGGCCGAACUAAUGAGGCGAAGCGUCGACGUUGUGGAAUUGAAGGAGCGGAGCAAAUGGGAUGAAGACGUACAUACCCGCGUCGAUGAAGCACUCAGACGGGUGCAGGUCAUGGAUGUAGGGCUGGAAAGAGACGGUGUAGAACUCGGGGAUGCAGGACACGACGCCGUAACGACAUGGCUAGAAAGCCGAUGA